AUGUAUGAUGGUGAUCACAGGUUAAAAACUAACGAUUUGUUGACCGCUUACUUACCCGCCGAGCUUCUUACGCGUCGUCAAUUAUUUAAUUCGUUACAAGUCCCCUGCUCCUUCAACUAUCAUGAUCGCAAAGGACUCGGGUUGAAAGUAAAGCAAAAUGGCCGCUGUCAGUCGAAGAAGAAAGACCUUGCAUUGUUAAUUGACGUUCUUUCCGCGCUUUUCCCGCGUUUAUUUGUCGCAGUAAUGGAUGCAAAUGUCAAGAUUUCCAUCCCCUCGUGGUCUUACACUCCUGUGAAGCGCAUGUUUCCUCCUGAUCAUCCAUUCUUCGAGGAAGGAGAAUUAUUUUGCAAUGUUUUAAAGAAAGAGCUGGAUAAUAGCGAAGAAGUUGAUACUCUCAUGCAAAGAGCUGAAUUCCAAUGUGACAUUCCUGGUUGUGGAGAAUGGUUUUCUAGUGUUCCAAGCUAUGAGGCACACUAUAACAGCCUGCAUCGUCACUGUUGUCAAAAAUGUCAGCGCUCUUUUCCAUCAACUCACCUGUUGGAGAUUCACAUUCUAGAAAACCAUGACAUGCUAUUCAACAUGAUAGCCAUGAGGAAAAACUUGUUUAAGUGCCUAGUGGAGAGUUGUCCUGAUAGAUUUUCAAGUGACGAGGAGAGGAAGGAUCAUCUAGUAUCUCUUCACAAGUAUCCAUCAGACUUCAGAUUCAACCGUCCAAGCAGACAACAGCGAAAAAGCAAAAGUAUGCAAACUUCGCCCGAAGCAAUGGACACAUCAACCCUACCUCAGGAACCUGCACCCUCUUUCAACACAGCACCAAAACAAAGGCUACCAAAGACAAUAUGCUUUGGCAGAGGGUCCAGCAGGGCUUUCCAAAAAAGUAUCCCAAAAAAUAGCAAGAAAAAGUCCAAAAACUUGGAUGAUAUACAAGACCAAGCUGCUUCUCAAGAGGUUACAAUGGCUGAAGUGAGCUGACUCAUGUAAACAGUUCCUUCUGAAUUAAGAUAGCAUGUUUAUGAUAACUUCUCUUCGAAGUCAAAUUUAUGUUUAAAUGUACAGUUUUUGUCAGAAAUUUAUAAUAAAAUAUUAC